GCUGAUGCUGAUGCUGCCUUCGUCGUGGAGAACGAAGCCGAGAGCAAGCAGGCUCGAGAGGAAAAGUCCGUGUCCACCGGCCAGAAUCACCUGGACACGUGCCCCGUCUGCCGUCUGAACUUUCACAGUCGCGAGCCCAAACUUCUGCCGUGUCUUCACUCCUUUUGCAAGAAAUGUCUGCCCUCCCCCUCCAGGAAUCUGGCCAUGGUAGAGCCGCCGAACUCAAGGGCUGACAGCGCGACCAAACCACUGAAUGUGAUGCGCUGCCCGGUGUGCAGGCAGGAGUGUAUGGAGGUGGAUGUGAUGGAGAACGUCUUUGUGAAGGACUCAGUUGAGGCUCCCAGCAGCACAGUGGAGAGGACAGUCCAGCUCUGUAUGACCUGUGAUGACAACACCCAAGCGGUGGGGUUUUGCGUGGACUGUGUUGAGUACCUCUGUGUCACCUGUGUGGAGGCUCACCAGAGGGUCAAGUUUACCAAAGACCACACCAUCAGACAGAAGGCAGAAGUCUCACAAGAGGUCCAAGGUGUGUCGGCUCAGAGGCCGAUGUUCUGUGACAUCCACAAACAAGAGCCGCUGAAGCUGUUCUGUGAGACCUGUGACCUGCUGACCUGCCGUGACUGCCAACUAGUAAAGCACAAGGACCACAAUUACCAGUUCCUUGAAGAUGCCUAUAAAAGCCACAAACAGCACAUGGAGAGCAUGACCCAUCAGCUGCAGGAGAAAAGGAAACUGAUUGAAGAGGUAUCAAACUCCAUAAACAAAGGACUUCUUCAGGUUGAUCAGAACCGAACGUCUGUUCAUAAUGAAAUAAAGAAAUCCAUCUGCAGUUUGAUUCUCGAGAUAAACAAGAAGGGCAAGAUGCUAGUUAAUCAACUUGAGGCUGUAACGAAGGAUCACGAGAGUGUCCUGCGAAAACAACAUGAGGACAUCGGCUAUCUAUCCAGACACCUGGACCACGUCAUCAACUUCACCAAAUGGGCCACAGCCAGGAGCGGCGGCUCGGCCCUCUUGUACUGUAAACGUUUGAUUCUGUUUCAGAUUGGAAACCUCCUGCGGGCAAAAUGUAGUACCUCGUUUAUACCACAGAGCACUGUACGCUUCCAGAGUCGAUCCUCUUAUUGGGCCUCAAAUGUUGAUCUGGGCUCUUUAGUGGUGGAGGGUGUACCAGGCCAUCAGCUGGGUGGUUUUCAGGGUAUCCCACAUCAGCUCUCCCACCCUGGGAAUGGCCCCUCAGGCUCGCCCCACAGCUUUGCCCUGGGAGGCCCCCAUAACACUCUGGCUCAGCUCCAAAUGCAGGUGGACAAGCUAAACCCGCAGGCCAACUGGCAGCCCCAACCGCCUCCUCCGCCCUGGACGUGGUACCAGAGUGUCCGACUACAGCGGACCGUCCCGGGGCCCCUGCAAGGAGGAGGCUCUCCAUCCCAGAGUAUGCCUCACCAACCAGGUCGCAGGUUUAUGGCGCCUCCUCCCAACCACGUCAGCCCAACUAGCAGCUUACCGAGCCCCGGGUUUACGCCACAGCCUCUGAGGGGGAUGGGCAGCAGCUCCACCUACCAACCCAAAGCCAUGGACGUGUUUUCCUCUUCACCUCUGUACACACAUGUAGCACCAAUGCCCAUCAAUGGUGGCGUCAGUUUGCCUCAAUCGCAACAGACGAUUGAGCCCACAUAUCUGAACAGGAGGAAUGAUCCAGGUGGUCCGGUAUAUGUGCUGAAACCAAACUAUCCCCAGAGCCUGCAACCUUCUUUGCUACACAGAAAUGUGCAAGGACAGCAGAAUUCACUCGGCUACGCUGCUGUAUCCCCAGAGGAGAAACCCGGGACCGUUACCUGGAAACCUCCAGAAGCACAGCGGCCUGGUGGAGCAGUGGGCUCGGGUGUCAAGAGAAGACGAAGAUCGUCACCAGGGCCCAUCAUCGUCAUCAAAGAUGAGCCGGACGACGACAGUAGCUACGUACAAGCCAACCAAAGAGCCAGCCUCCCCGACAGCACAGGUGACCAACCCCAAAUCAGUGCCCGCUGUGAGGGGAACAAAGUCCCGACUCCCCUUCAAAGCACAGACGACAAACCCCAAAGCCCCUCACAGCCCCCUCACAGCCCACCGGACCAGAGUAAGACUAAUGCUCCGGAUCACACCGGCUCACUGGGAGAAGAACAGCAGGUAGACCAGCACCACGCUCCGCUGGAAGACCCUCAUGAAGGCCCGUGUGCUGCGUGUCGGACUGGGGGAGAGCUGCUGUGCUGCAAUAAGUGUCCCAGGGUUUUUCACCUUUCGUGCCAUGUUCCAACUCUCCUCAAAUCUCCCAGUGGCGAAUGGUUUUGCUCUCUCUGCCGCGACCUGUUAGUGCCUGAGAUGGAGUACGACUGCAAAAGCAAAGCUGAAGCCAAAACAGUAAAGAAGGAGCCAGAUUCUGAGGGAGGAUUUUCUCCUGUGGACAAACGAAAGUGCGAGAAGCUGUUGCUGCACUUGUUUUGCAGCGGACUGAGUUCAGCCUUCCAAGGGCCCGCAUCCCCCUCGGUAUGUGCUAAUAACAGGCUCGCUAUAAAGGGGCCGCUGAAUCUUUCCGCUGUGAAAAAACGAUUGGAGGCUAAGCAGAGUCCGAGCUACCAAAGCCCUGCAGGGUUUGUAUCAGACAUCAGGCUCGUAUUUGGGAUCUGCACAGCCCUCAGCGAGGUCGACACGGAGGUCACCAUGGCGGGCAGGACCCUUAAAGAGCAGUUUGAAGAGCACCUGGGUGUCAUGUUCCCUGACCAGAGCUUUCCAGAAAUCAAACUGGAGAUGAUUCCCACUUCCCCUCCUGACUCUCAGCUCUUGUCCCUUGACAAUACAUCCCAACAUGCAAAGCGCCAGCGCACAUGUUCAGACUCCCAGGAUACACCGAUCCGUCCCAGUGGAGAGGACGGAGUAGUGUGA